AUGGUUGGUUUGUUGUCCCUUCUCUUUGGGGCAGUUUAUGACUUCGGUAUUUGGCAAGAAUUUAGAGACCAGAGGAGUUUGGUGAAACCUGGCGUUGAAUCGAACUUGAGCUCCCGCAUCCAUACAGUUGAGGUGCAAAGUGAGUCUCUAUUGAAUACUGUAACAGUACAAUGUGGGGAGCGCAAUAUAUUGGUUCGAGUGGACACGGAUUUAUUUGGAACAAAACACCUGGUUAAAGCUGCUGACCUGACUCUGGGGACAGCAGGUUGCAGACCAAUGGCCAUCUUCUCUCAAAAUCACACUAUUUUCUUUGAUUAUGGACUGCACGAGUGUGGCAGCGAACUCCAGAUGGCUGAAGAUUUCCUUGUCUACUCCAUGCAUCUGGAACACGGACCACAGACCCCAGGCCGGUGGAGCGAUUAUUCGUGUUCUUUAAUCUUUCCAAUGCCCUCUUAUCCCUCCAGAAAAGCUAAAGUGAGCAGUAACCCAAUCCAUCCCACUUGGAUGCCGUUCAGCUCCACCAGGUCUGGGGAAGGACAACUAUCUUUCUCCCUACGGCUAAUGACUGAUGACUGGCUUACAGAGUGCGCCUCCUCCACCUACUACCUGGGCGAGCUCAUACACAUCGAAGCUUCUGUUUCUAUGGUUAACCACUUGCCCCUGAAGCUCCACAUUGAUCGCUGUGUAGCCACCCUGAGCCUGGACAAGGACUCCACCCCGAGAUACAACAUCAUUGAUCACCACGGGUGUCUACUGGACAGUGCGACUGAGGACGCCUUUUCCACCUUCGUGUUGGCCGGGGCUGACCGUGAGGUGGACAAACUCCGCUUUGAUCUGGAUGCUUUCCGUUUCUCCGGAGAUGAGCGUUCCCUGAGAAAGUUGAUCGAGCGAAGCGGGAGGGCGAGGCCUCGCUUGGACCACUGGUCAUUCUGGAGAACGGAGUGCCCGACCUGGCAACCCAACCCUUCAAUGGGAUCGAGCGACCUGGGCGACAAACUUCACGAAGAGGUUGCCUAG